UUAGAGUUAGCGAAAUCGUGUAUUAACGUUGAAAUUUUCAAGGUUUUUUUUAACGUUGAACUUACGUUGAAAUAACGUUGAAACUUAGAUCGUUAUUUUUCAACCAUAUAUCAACCAACUUGCAACGUUGAAAUAACGUUUUAUGCUUGCUGGGUUAGUUUCCUUUCUGCUGGCGUCGUUUCCAGGUUAAAGUAAAUAUUUGCAUAGUUGUCGUCAUUUAGUAAUUUCAUUGACGCGAGUAGAACUUUAUCGCGUUCACAGUUUUCAGGAAGUACAACAUUAAUUAGAGAAAUUUGGAAAGCAGAAAAAAAAAAAAAAAAAUUAAUGUGCAAGCAACAGAAUUUAAACCCUCGUUUUGUUUGUACAUUUCGGAACAACCUUUGUUGAACUUUGGAAGCGCAGCAAGCUAACCACUUUGGUCACCAAGACACACUAAUCUUCCAAUUUUCAAAACUAUUUAAUAGUAAAAAGAUGGAAUAACUUUAUAAAGCAGCAAAUAAAUGCUAUAAAUCAAAAUUAAGGAGAUUUUGCUGCAAUGCAAAAACUUUAUAGAAAUUCAAGUCAAUCAUGAAAAUCACUUUAGUGAUCAAAAGGAUAUUUUACAGCGAAGGAUCGACACCAUUGCCAAUUAAAAUUUGUUUUUUAUUGUUUACAAUUUGUCUUUUCAAUGCUAUUUCUAUGACAUCAGUUUUCUCAUACCUUCCUCACCUUGUUAAGGACUUUGGUUCCACUGAAGUUGAUGCAGGAAGAAAAUCUGGAAUUAUUGCAUCAGCCAUGUUUGUUUCCAGAAUAUUUAGCAGUUUAUUAUGGGGCUACAUCUGUGAUAAAUGUGGAAGAAAAAUAUCCCUUUUGAUGUCUGGAGGAUGUGUUGCAAUUUCAACAUUUAUGUUUGGAUUUUCAUUUAAUUACCCCUGGGCUGUUGUAACAAGAUUUUUACAGGGUUUAUCGAUGGGAAUUGUGGUGAUUACAAAAGCUUAUAUGUCAGAUAUAUGCGAUGACAGUAACUUAGCAACUGGUUUGGGUGUAGUAUUCUCAGGCUACAAUGUAGGAUUAGUAAUUGGUCCCAGUAUGGCUGGAUUUUUAGUUUUCCCUGUUGAGACAUAUCCUAAAGUUUUUAAAAAAGAUUCCUUUUUUGAUACAUUUAAAAUAUUUAUUCCAAACUUUAUUAUUGUACUUGGGAUGACCUUGGCAUUGCUUGCUUCUAUUUUUGUUCUUCCUAAGAAAACUUACAAUGAUAAUGACUCACUUCUUAUCGAAGAUAAAAAAGACUCUUCUAUGUUUAAUGUAGAUGCAUAUCUCAAUUGUUCAGUUGAUAUAGAAUUACUUAAAAAAAGUAAACGUUUACAAACAAGUGAAUCAACUAGAUUAAUUGAUCCAAAGCUUUCCAAGUUAAAAAAAUUCUGGAUUUUGUUAAAAAUGAGUAGUUUUUUUAAACUGUUAAGAAACAAAGAAUUCCUUAUUUCAUCUAUGCUUUAUGGAUUAUAUACUCUGUUUACUAUUGGUUACGAAGAAUUAUUUCCAGUCUUUGCUUCUACUUCUAUUGAAUAUGGUGGUCUAGGUAUGUCAACAUCCGAAAUAGGUUUACUUUAUCUAGUUAUCUCUAUUACAAUGUUCAUUUUACAACUUGUUCUUGUCAACAAGAUGAUAAACAGAUUUGGUUCAAAAAAGAUAUUUAUAGUAUCAUCUCUCAUAUUCGGCUUUUUAAUGCCUUUUAUACCUUUGAUUAGCGUUAUAAAAAACAAAGUUUUUCUUUGGAUUAUCUUAUGGAUUAACCAAGUUUUUAUUCGUGUUGCUAUGACGUCAGGUUUUACAGCUGUCAAUAUUUUCAUAAACAACUCUGUUGAGUCAGACUUACUUGGUAUAGCUAAUGGUGUUGGGAUGUCAGCUUCAUCUAUAGGAAGAUCUAUAGGACCCGCAAGUUUUGGCAGUCUUUUUACAUGGUCUUUAGCAAAUAGACGUUCGUUUCCAUUCAACCAGUAUUUUUCUUUUAUUUUGAUAUUAGUUGUUACAAUUAUAGUAUCGUUAAUUUCACUUUGUGUUCCUGAAAGCUUAAAUAAAAAGAAAAUAGAAUCCGUAAAAAAGUCGACUGUUACUGUGACAACCAGCGUUUUUAAACUUUGAUAAUUAUUUUACUUUUGUAUUAUACAUAUGAAUAUAUAAAGUAUAUGAAUAAAUUUUUUA